CCGCCCUGAACGCCUCCAUUGGACUGCAGGGACCGCUACUAUAAACACACGAAGAGUUGCAGCGAGAGAAGAGCACAUCUUUGGCCGAUCUGCACGACUUUUACCAAAGUUUUGCGCAGUUUUUGUGCGCCAUGAGAGCAUCAGAACAAAAGAAGUUCCGAAAAAGCACCAGCUUGGGGACGCGCAGCAGCUUUGGUGGCGUUUUCUCUCAAUCAUUUUUCUCUCUUGUGAAGUUUGAAAAGACUUUCGACAUCUCUGCUCCCCAGUCGGAAUUUUAAACUGCUUUAAAAAAAAAAGGCUCUUCUGAGGAUUAAACCCACUCCGCGGCGAAUCGCCUCCAAAACCGAGGAGAUUUGGAAUGUAGCGCAAAGGAAAAAAGAAAAAAGAAAAAAAAAAGGACCUGGUGAUCUGUUCCUCGUCAUCGUCCUCUUCUCCGGACAGCCUCGGGAAUGGGCCAGCACCUUGCCUGGGUGCAUCUCUCCACCCGGUGGUGUGGCUGGCGUCGCGCGAGAGUGAGGAGGCCAGCAGCCAGGUCGUAGAGCCCGCCCACUCUGCUCUCCGCUCGCUUGAUCUCGAGUGACUUUUGACCCUUGACUCAGUCGUGACCCCACCUUGACCAGCCAUGCCAUUUGGGCUGAAGCUGCGGCGUACACGGCGCUACAAUGUCCUGAGCAAGAACUAUUUUGUUACACGGAUCCGCUUGCUGGACAACAAUGUGAUUGAAUGCACCCUGUCAGUGGAGAGCACAGGGCAGGAAUGUCUGGAGGCGGUGGCCCAAAGACUGGAACUGCGGGAGACGCACUACUUUGGGCUAUGGUUUCACGGGAAGACCCAGGCCCCGGCCCAGCGCUGGGUGGAACUUGAGAAACCCCUCAAGAAGCAGCUGGACAAGUUUGGCAAUGAACCUUUGCUCUUUUUCGGAGUCAUGUUCUUCGUUCCCAAUGUGUCCCGGCUGGAGCAGGAAGCCACCAGGUAUCAGUAUUACCUGCAAGUGAAGAAGGAUGUCUUGGAUGGACGCCUCCAUUGCAACAUGGAACAGGGCAUCAGACUAGCUGGACUAGCCGUUCAAGCCGAUUUUGGAGACUUCAAUCACUUCCCAUCUCAGGACUUCCUCAGGGAGUACGUGCUUUUCCCAGUGAACUGGCCUAACGGAGAUGAAGUGCUGGAGGAUUGGACGCAAAAAGUUGCAGAAGAGCACAAAAGUCACUGUGGAAUGCAAACCGCUAAAGCAGAGCUGCUGUACAUCAAGGAGGUAGAGAAACUGGAUGGUUUUGGACAGGAAAGCUUUCCUGCUAAGGACAACUACACCAACGACAUUUUUAUUGGAGUGUCUUUUAUUGGAGUGUUUGUCAAACACAGAAAUGGCAGGUCCAUCAUGCUCCACAAGUGGAAGGACAUCGGUACCAUAGCACACAACAAGUCAGCCAUCACAGUGGAGAUAACGAGCAGAGACGACACCAUCGCGUUUCACAUGGAGGACAUGGAAAUGGCCAAGUACAUAGCUCGUCUUUUUACAACAAGACACAAAUUCUACAAGCAAAACAAGAUUUGUGCAGAACCCACUCACUCCCCUGCUCCCAUCAGGAGGAGGCCCACCUGGAACCAUCACCAGUCUCUGCCUCGACCGCAAUCCUGCAACUUCCAGUCGGUGCAUUCCCAGUAUGCAGAGCACUAUCAGGACACUCAAAGCUCUCAAGAUAGUGUCUAUCAUGAUGACCCAUAUUACAAGUCAGAAACUAGUCUGGAUCGCUGCCCGGUGGAUUUCACCUUCAGGAAUGGGACGGUGCCCAAUGGAAGCAUGUACAGCAGCCCCAGCCUGGGCUCCCUCAACCGAUCCCAGACGUUUGUCCCGCCUUCACCCAUGUCCUCCAACCUCAGCAUCCCCGGCAGCGAGCUCAUGCGUCCCGACUACAUCCCCAGCCACCGCCACAGCGCCAUCAUCGCUCCAUCGUACCGGCCCACGCCAGAGUACGACGCCGUCAUGCGGCAGAAGCAACGCGUGCUUCACGCUCCUCAAGACCUCCACAGCCAGUCGCUGCGCAGCCUAAACAUCAGCAAUGCCUGCGCUUACCGGCAGCCUGAAGCUCUAGUUUACAGUCAGCCGGAGAUGAGAGAGAGGGGUCCUUUCCAUGGUUUGGGCCCCAAUCCUGGAACUUACACUCCGCAGAUCAGCUACAGUAAGCCGGUGUGCCACGGGCCCCAUCAGGGAGGCCCGGCCAGCAGCCAGGUCCCCCUUUAUUCAUCCUGCACUAAUGGAGGUGGGGGCAGCAGUGGUGUUGGAAGCUCGAUCUCGCACACUGUCAGCACACCUGAGCUGGCAAAUACUAAGCAGCAGGUCACCAGCGUAGGAAGCCACGCCGCUACAGCCAACAUGUUGAGGAACCACAUGCUGCGCCCUCCUCCACCCUACCCCUCCAGCUCCUUCCGCCCUGCCACCAGCACGCCGGACCUUGCCAGCCACCGCCUCCGCUGCAUUGGCGGCAGCAGCCCAGAGUUGGUUACCCGCAUGGUGCAGCUGUCUGUCAAGACCUUCCAGCCGGACAGCAUAGCCGUGGUGCACCAGUCCCUGCAGGAGGUCAGCGAGCCGUUAACAGUUGCUGCCAAGCACCGGUCGACCCUAGGCAAGAGACACAGCAUGGAGGUCAUCAGCAGUAUGAGAGGAGGCGGAGGUGGGGGGGAGGGCCUGGUGAUGAAGGGCUUGAACGCCCCGCUGUUGCGCCGGAACACUCUCAGAGAGCACGUGAUGCCCGCUCAGCCUCAGGCCCUCCCCCAGUCACAGCCUCAAACACCUCAGACUCAACCUCAGCCACAACCUCCCCCAAAGCAGCCAAAGGACCUGCAGAAGGCUGGGCAGAAUGUAGCCGAGGCCUCUGCAAACCCCCCCGCAGCAGCUGCCUACCAGCAUCAGAAGACUCUGUCCAAUGCCACCAUGCUCAUACACAGCAGUGAGAGCGAAGAGGAGGAGGAGGAGGAAGAGGAGAGGCCUGAACUGGACGUUCAGAUCCCGGGGCUCAACGAACACAUCAGCAUCAGUGCUCAGCUCCAAGCCGCUCUGGCCAAACUGCCCAACAAACCUCCCCCGGAGUACCCGGGACCCCCUGGCAGUGCCCAGAUCCCCUCCUACAACCACGCUCACCCGGCCAACCACCAUCCCGCACCUCACUGCAACCAGGGAGCAGUGGACCCAGAGGAGUCACUCAACACUGGACACAGUCAGGGAGCAGGCGGGACACUCACCAGAGGGGAUCAGAGUGGGGUGAAUGGAGCCGUUUUAGGUCCAUCCAUUUCAGAACCAGACCUGACCAUCGUAAAAGAGAGGGUAAGGAAGGAGCCGGUCAGAGAGAGGCCCGUGUCGGAGAUGUUCUCCCUGGAGGACAGCAUCGUGGAGCGGGAAAUCGCUCAAAGGACACUGGAAAGACAGAAGAUGUCUGUUGACUCCAUUAAAAGACCGCUGAUGAUGGCCGCCCUCAACGGCCUCUAUGUGGCCCGGAUGCCUGUUCCAGAAAGUCCGUCAGAGGAAGGCGCCAAAUCUCCCACAGAUGAAAGGUGUCAGACUCUGGAGUUAAAGCUGGAGGAGGAUCGCGUCUUCACAGAGUACGAACAAGUGCCGAAGAAGAGGGCGGACUGUGUCGUCACGACUGCAACGCUGCCUGAAAACGCAGAGCGCAACCGUUUUCGGGACGUCGUCCCUUAUGAGGACAACCGGGUGGAGCUCGUACCCAACAAGGAGAACAAUACGGGCUACAUAAACGCCUCCCACAUCAAGGUCAUGAUCAGGGGUGAGGAGUGGCACUACAUAGCAACCCAAGGCCCUCUAGCCAACACUUGUGGAGACUUCUGGCAGAUGGUGUGGGAGCAGGGGGUCAGUGUCAUCGCCAUGGUUACUGCAGAAGAGGAGGGUGGAAGAUCUAAGAGUCAUCGUUAUUGGCCCAAACUGGGCUCCAAACACAAUUCAGCCACUCACGGAAAAUACAAGGUGACCACCAAAUUCCGCACGGACUCGGGAUGCUACGCCACCACAGGGUUAAAGGUCAAACACCUCCUCUCUGGUCAGGAGAGGACGGUGUGGCACCUGCAGUACACCGACUGGCCCGAGCAGGGGUGUCCUGAGUAUGUCACUGGAUUUCUCUCUUAUUUAGAGGAAAUCCAAUCUGUUAGGAGGCACACUAAUUCUAUGUUGGACACCUCAAAGAGCCUGAACCCCCCGGUGGUGGUGCACUGCAGUGCUGGGGUGGGCCGCACCGGAGUGGUCAUCCUGACUGAGCUCAUGAUCAGCUGUCUGGAACACAACGAGCCGGUGGAAGUUCCAACCAUGCUAUCGGAGCUUAGGCAGCAGAGGAUGCUGAUGGUUCAGACCAUCUCCCAGUACAAGUUUGUCUACCAGGUUCUCAUUCAGUUCCUCAAGAACUCCCGCCUCAUUUGACAUCACAGGAUGUGGUACUUCAAAUCAUCAAGACGACACUCAAAAGUAUUACUGAUAGACUCUUUAACUCAUGUAAAAUGCUUCUCCAGCUGUGUUAUUUUUAUUCUCAUAACAUCCAGGUGAGUAAACAGAUGCUUGUUACUUAAGAAGCAUAAAAAGAAAUCACAGUUUCAGUUGAACAUUUAUCAAAUGGUGUUAUACGGCAUGAACAGCAGGGGGCAGCAGUGUUGCAAUUUACACAGACAAGUGUUGUUAUUGCUCAGACAGAUUUUCAUAUUUUAAACAAAAUAUUUACUACAGACACACUGUGUUAAAAGUUUUGUUUUUAAAAAGACUGAACUGAUUUAUUCUCUUUUGUCCUUCUUAAACAUGCCUAAACCUUUUCGUAUAUUUGAUAUUUUCCUUAAAGAAACGCACCCAAAAUUUACAAAAUGUAUUUUCUAUUCGUUUGAAAAAGAAUUGCUGUUUUUUUUUUAAAUACUAAAAAUAAGUUAUAAAAGCGAUACAUAGAAAACUGCCUUCGUUCUAAUGGUGCCUCACUAAAAUAUUAUAGAAGAAACCCCGUUUCCCUUUAAUGUCUAAAUUAAGAUUUUACAGACAAAUUAAUAAUUUUAAAGCAUAAAAAUUAAAGAUUAGACACUGAAAAGAAUAUAAAAAGUGAUCAAAUCCAGAAGCUAACUCCACUUUCCUUUAUCCUUUAUGUAAAAUACCACUCUAAAAAUGACUUUUAUGACUUUAAAUGUAUUUUUUCUACAUCUUUAAGAAUAAUCUGUACAUAAUGGCAUGUGACACUGUUUUAUAUAUGUCUUUUCUUGACUUGGUACUCUUUAACUACCGCAAAAUGUUAAACUAUGCAUGCUUUUUUUAUUUUUAAAUAUUCCCAUGUAUAUAUUUCAGUAUGUUUGCUGAUACUUAGACUGUGCUUUUUUUGGACAUACAAGUGUUUUGUUGCACUUCUCUGUUUGACAGUAUUUUCCUCACAAGGCAUUCCUCUUGCUUUUUUUAUAUUUAUUUAGCUCUUCAGUUUUUCUUUGUUUCUGGCCAAACUCCUAAACACAUUUCACAGAUUCUGUACAUAUGUUUUGUAUAUGCAUUUCCAGUGCAUUCAGACCCCCCCCCCCCCCCCCCCCCCCAGACAUGUAUGAAGCUGUUAUACCUGCUUAUCAUGCAGUAAAAGCCUUAUUUUCUUUA